UUACUUACCGGUGCGCGCUGAGGGGAACGCGGCUCCCGAGCCGCACGCUCAGACGCUCGAGACCCUCCAUGGAAGCACGCGGACGGCUGAGCGGGGAGCAGAGAUUCCACUACAGUUCAUUAAGGAGCGCUGCGCACACGCCCGUCAAUGCACGAGGAGGAGAAGGGAGGGCAAAGGAUUUCAGUAUCAGUGUCGGCAGCUCCUCAAGGGAGGAGGGGGCACAACCAGUGAUAUUUCAAAAGGUAGAAUUGAAAGUGCUGUAAAUAUCUUGUUCUGCUCCUGCUUCUUCUUGUACCACUCGACCCACUCGGGUUGUCUUUGUGCGGGUUGUUGUCAAAGUGGGGGCGCAGGGAGGGACGGUCAGUGGAGUUUCCCCUCUCCGACACACAUCCACAGAGUUGAGGAGGAUCAACGGGCAGAGACAUGGGUGGAUUUACAUCACUCUGUUGAGAUAUUUGUAAACGCUGUCUUGGGAUUUUCAGCAGAUGUGUCCUGUCAUGUCCUGGCUCCUCUGCCUGAGUCUCUGGGUCAGUGUGACUGCGGUUCAGCUUGGUCAGGGCACCUUCUAUGACACCAUCCAGCAGCAGCCUGGGACCAGACCUGGGAGGAUCAGCAUCCACAUGAUCGAGGGAGGCACGUGUGAAGUGAUCGCCGCUCACAGAUGCUGCAAUAAGAACCGCAUCGAGGAGCGCUCCCAGACAGUCAAGUGUUCGUGUCUGCCGGGCAAGGUGGCCGGGACAACCAGGAACAGACCCUCCUGCGUGGACGCGUCCAUCGUAAUUGGCAAGUGGUGGUGCGAGAUGGAGCCCUGCCUGGAGGGAGAGGAGUGCAAGACGCUGCCCGACAACUCCGGCUGGAUGUGCUAUGCCGGGAACAAGAUCAAAACCACGCGGAACACGCAGCCGGUCACCACGUCAACAUAUUAACAUGUGGAAACAUGCAGCAAGGGCGACUCUGGAUCAAUGGUUUACUCACAGCACAGUGCCAGGACCAAAUAGGACAACACAGAACAAAAUAUCCAAAACCAGUCAACUUCAUGUGCUUCUGGACGAGUGACAGCUCUGCCCAGAUUACAGCUCUGCCCAGAUUGCAGUUGAGAGAAGAUGCAGAACACUGAACGCAUUUCCCGCUCCCGGCCGUUAUGAACACAGGCACCCAGGGCUGCCUGCUGGGAACAUCAUCAUAAACUCAUGUGAGGAGUUUGUUUUCUGCACUUCCAUUUCUUGGACUUUGGAGAAGAGCCUUUUGGAAUAACAUGUGAAGUGAAACUGACGUCCUUUCUCUGACUGCAGUGAUGCGACGGGUAUUUUACCACACAGAACUCACAGAGAACGCAGUAGAGUAUUUUUCUGUUUGGGUUGAGCUGGUACAAUAUAGUUUACAGCUCCCUCAGGUUUCUCUCAAGACGUGUGUGUGAAGUGAAAUGUUGUAAAUAGCUGUUCUUGUAAUGUGCUUAAGAAACCUUCUUUGAAAUGGGGAUGACAUAUGAAUCAUUCCAGUCCUAGAAUGCAUUAUUGAUCUUCCCUCUAGUUACGAACAACCCAAAGUUCAGUUAGCUCGGAGACAUGUUAUUGUCCACCGAGCGCAUUAACUGCACAACAAUGCAUUGCGUUAGACGGGGGCGUUUGAUCGAUACCACUUGUGUGUCUUCAUUCUCCGUGUGGUACCAUGUGUCCGUGUUGUGUUUGUGCGCAUUUGUUAUCAUCUUAACUGGCUUUUAACUGAGAAAGUCAAUCAUACCGAAAGCAGUUGCUUCACCCAAAAAAAUGUGAUAACAGUCGGUAUUAAUUCCUUGAAAUGCCUUAUUUGUGUUGACGCAUUGGAAGAAUACUGUGUGACGAUGCGACGUCCGUAUGUGCUUAAGUCCCAUCACUGCACAUUUCUCCUGUAAUUAAAUGUAUUUUCCAACGGCC